AUGUGGCUCCUCCCGGUACCUCCCCGCGCCCGGCCCCGGUCCCGGCGGGGCCGCCCAGUCCUACCCAGCUCCAGCCCCGUCCUUCGCCACCGCCCAACUUCGCUGCACCGGCCGGGGGCACCGGGAGCACCGCCGGAACCGGGGGCACCGGGAGCACCGCCGGAACCGGGGGCACCGGGAGCACCACCAGAUCCAGGAGCACCGGGGCACAGCGAGCAACAGAAGCACCGGAGGUACCGGCGCACCCGCACCAUGAUCUGCGGCAGGAAGGCUCGUCCCGCCGCCGAGCAGCUCCGGUCCCCGCUGGAUGGCUCCGGUGGCUCCCGCCGGCCCGGCAGAGCCUUGAAGAAAAUGGGUCUGACGGAGGAUGAGGAUGUGCAGCGCAUGCUGCGGGGGUCCCUGCUGCGGAAGAUCAAGGCGCGGGGGGUGCCCAGGGAGCGUCUGUUCCGGCUGCAGGAGGACGGUGCCACCGUCUGCUUCGAGGGACGCUUCAGGGGGGCCGGCUCCCCGCAGAGCUUCUCGGUGCUGCACGUCGAGGGGGUGCGUGAGGGACACCAGUCGGAAGGGCUGCGCAAGUUCGGCGCCGGCUUCCCCGAGCGCCACUGCUUCACCAUCGUCCUCAAGGGCAAGCGCAAAAACCUGGACCUGGCUGCCCGGGGGGAGGAGGAUGCUCGCCACUGGGUGCAGGGCCUCACCAAGCUGAUGGGGAGGCUGCAAGCCAUGAGCCAACCCGAGAAGCUCGACCACUGGAUCCAUGGGGUCCUGCAGCGAGCAGACAGGAACAAGGACAACAAGAUGUCCUUCCGGGAGGUGAAGAGCAUGCUGAGGAUGAUCAACAUCGACAUGGAUGAUGUCUAUGCCUACAAGCUCUUCAAGGAGUGCGACCACUCUGGCAACGAGCGGCUGGAGGGCAGGGAGCUGGAGGAGUUCUGCCGGCGGCUGCUGCGGCGGCCGGAGCUGGAGGAGCUCUUUGGGCGCUACUCGGGAGAGGACCUGGUCCUGUCGGCCGAGGAGCUGCAGGACUUCCUGCGGGACCAGGGCGAGGACGCCAGCCUGCGCCAGGCGCGGGCCAUCAUCCGCACCUACGAGCUCAACGAGAAGGCCAGGCAGCAGGACCUGAUGAUGCUGGAUGGCUUCAUGAUGUAUCUGCUCUCGGCUGCUGGUGACAUCUUCAACCAGGAGCACAGCAAGGUGCACCAGGACAUGAGCCAGCCCCUGUGCCACUACUUCAUCUCCUCCUCCCACAACACCUACCUGACCCGCAACCAGAUUGGUGGCACCAGCAGCACCGAAGCCUACGUCAGGGCGCUGACGGCCGGGUGCCGCUGCGUGGAGCUGGACUGCUGGGAGGGCGCUGCCGGGGAGCCCAUCGUGUACCACGGCCACACCCUCACCUCCAAGAUCCUCUUCAGGGACGUCCUGGAGACCAUCCGCGACUACGCCUUCAAGCAAUCUCCCUACCCUGUCAUCCUGUCCCUGGAGAACCACUGUGGGCUGGAGCAGCAGGCCACCAUGGCUCACCACAUGAGAGCCAUCCUGGGGGACAUGCUGCUGACACAGCCGCUGGAGGGGCAGGACCGCCACAGCCUCCCGUCCCCGGAGCAGCUGAAGGGGAAGGUCCUGGUGAAGGGCAAGAAGCUGCCAGAGCCAUGGCGUGAGCCCCAGGGUGUCACCUGCCUUCCGGAUCCUGAGGAGGAGGAAGAGGAGGAGGAAGAAGAAGAGGAGGAGAAGCUUCAGGAGAGAAGCAGACGGCGGUCCUUCCAGUCGCUGCAGGAGAUCAGACCUCUGCAGGCCAAGGACGCAUCACAGGUGGCCCCAGAGCUGUCAGCCACGGUGGUGUACUGCCAGGCUGUGCCCUUCCCCGGCCUGGCACGUGCCCUGCGCCACCCCCGGCCCUGUGAGAUAUCCUCCUUCAGCGAGAGGAAGGCACGGAAGCUCAUCAGGGAGGCAGGCCCAGCCCUGGUCCGGUACAACGCCCAGCAGCUCAGCCGCGUCUACCCCCUGGGGCUGAAGAUGAACUCCUCCAACUACAACCCCCAGGAGAUGUGGAACGCUGGAUGCCAGCUGGUGGCCCUCAACUUCCAGACGCCAGGCUACGAGAUGGACCUGAACGCCGGGCGCUUCCUGGGCAACGGGCACUGCGGCUACGUGCUGAAGCCGCCCUGCCUGCGCAGCUUCCCUGCACAGGGCUCCCACAGCCUGCUGCUGCACGUCAGGGUGAUCUCAGCGCAGCAGCUGCCCAAGCUGCACCGGGAGAAGGGCAGCUCCAUCGUGGACCCCUUCGUGCGGGUGGAGAUCCACGGCGCCCCGGCAGACUGUGCCAGGCAGCAGACACACCACAAGCUCAACAAUGGCUUCAACCCGCGCUGGGAGGAGACUCUGAGCUUCCAGCUGGGGGUGCCCGAGCUGGCCCUGCUGCGCUUCGUGGUGGAGGACUACGACAGCACCUCCUGCAACGACUUCGUGGGGCAGUUCACCCUGCCCCUGCCCAGCCUCAGGCAAGGCUAUCGUCACAUCCACCUGCUCUCCAAGGCCGGGGCCUCCCUGGCCCCUGCCACCCUCUUCGUGCACAUUCGCUGCAAGAGCCUCUGAGGACCCCCUGAGAAGGGCACCAUGUGCCCAUGCUGGGGACAGCAGCCUGCUCCUCCACGGGCUGGGCACCCUCCUGGGCACUCCACUCCCUGUGCAGGGACAGCCUGGGGACGCCUCUCACCUGGCCACGGUGACAGCAAGGCUGGUUGGGGCACCCAAGGAGGUAGGAGACCCCUUCCAUGUCCCACAGUGCCACCCCCCCAUAGUGCCACUCCACUGCUGGCCCCUGUGCCCUGCUAGCCCUCUCCCUGGCUGUGACCCCAAGGGGACAGAGAUGCUGUGACAGCCAGGACAGAGUGGCUGGGCCAUUAACAGCCCAGAGCAACCCUGGAGGGGGGUGACAUGGUGACAGCAACCUGCCAGAUGUCACCAACCCCAGCCACCCUGAGUCCCAGCCCCACCCUGGGCUGCCAGGACAGUGCCAUCACCCCAAGGUGCUGAUCACAGAAUGGUAGGGGCUGGAAGGGACCCCUGGAGAUGACUGAGUCCAACCCCCCUGCCUAGGCAGGGUCACCAGAGGUCACCCAGGAACACAUCCAGGCAGCUUUGGAAUCUCCCCAGAGGAGACUCCACCACCUCCCUGGCAGCCUGCUCCAGGCCUCCAGCAGCCUCCAAGAAGUUCCUCCUCGUUCUUAGCUGUAACUUCCUAUGGUCAAGGUCCUCGAGGGGACCCUGCCACCAUGCAGACCCUGAGAGGACACUGCCACCACCCACAGGGCUGAGCCCCUCCUUGGCUGGAGGCCACGUCCCC